AUGCCGUGGUCCUCGGAAUGUUCCGUUGUAGUCGGUGACCUUGUCGUUGACUCAACGUCAAAUAUCACCGAGUCACAGCUCCAAAACUUAUUUCAAAACGUUACUUCUGUUCAAGGAAGCGUUACCGUGCGGAAUACCACUUUGAAACAGCUGUCGUUCCUGAAAAAUAUCGAAAUUCUGACUAGAGGAUAUCUCGAUAAUGUCCUUGAGAUUGUUGGAAAUCCUCUUCUAACGCAAAUCCAAAUUGACCGGCUCAAUCGAUCCGAUGGUAUUGUCGUGAUUACGGAUAAUCGUGAACUAGAUGUGAAAAAAUACUGUCAGUUGUUCGACAGAGUGUUGCUUGGGAACAGAAUAAUUCUAAGGAAUAAGGGAAAUUGUGCAAUACCUCCAGAGCGGUUGUCGGUAUUACGAUCUGUGAAAAAACUAUAUGGAUGCCUUACAGUAUAUGUAACAAAUUUCGAGACUCUUUCUUUCCUUGAAAAUCUUGAGGAAAUAAUCUGUCAAAGUAGAACAGAUACAGCGGUUUGGAUCACGACAAAUCAUUACAUGGAAAAUCUCGGACUACGGAAACUGACAAAAAUCGUCACCCAACGGCAACUGGAAAUUGUUAGCAAUAGAAUUCUGCAGAUCACAAUCGAGGAGGCUGAGAUUUUUGCAUCGGCCAGUGUGGGUGGCGAUCGAGUGCAGGGCAUCUUCUCGACAGGUCCGUGA